UCUUGCUCUCUCUCUCUCAAAACAAACAAAUAAACUUUAAAAAGACAACAAUCAGAAAGUUGGGAAACAGAAAUAGAGACCCUCCCCACCAAAUUCCAAAUUAGCCUCCCCUUUUUGGAAAGGAAUACAUACAAGUAGAUAAAGAAAUACUAAUAUUCUUGAAGUCUUAAAGUACUAUGUUCUAAGAAUUGAGCCAAUUUUAAAAAUCUCCACGUACACUCACUUGAACUGGAACAUAGUGUCUUAAAUAUUCAGAUCAGAACAUUAGAUCUGAACCAGAGUAAGAUGUCAAAACCUACUCGAACCUCAGAUUCCUCAUCAGUAAAACAGGGAUAAUAAUAGCAGCUACAUCCUUGGGUUUUUUGGAGACAUAAUGGAGUUCACACUUGCAAAGCACUCUAAACCAGUGCCUGACUCAUAGUAAGCACAAAAUACACGUUAGUGUUAUUAUUUCAGGGCUGACCUGUUCAUAGAACUUUCAGGUCGAUGGAACACUGAGGUUGCUUUGACACCCUGCCAUGGAAAAAAACCAGCUACUCCAGCCACACAAAAAGCCAACCCUGAAGUGGUAAGUGAAAAAAAAAAAAAAAAAAGCCAAGUAUGUUUCAUGUAAGUUACCUGGUUUGCGAGGGACACAGGGAGCUAUUCUGCAGCUCCUCUUCCUAAGGGAUCUCAUCUUCCCUCAUUCCUGACAGGUAAUCUAGUCUCUGCCUAAAUACCCCCAGCAGCAGGGGGUUCUCUGUUAUUGGGGAUAUGUCAUUUCAUUCACUGAUAGCCAACUCUCACUUUUUAGAUCAAUCUUUCCAUUCUAGAGUCAAAAAUCAUAUUCCUCGCGGAUGUAUCUACCUGUUAAUCCUGCCCCGGGGGGGGGGGGGGGGAACGGAAGGGAACAGACAAAGUUUCCCACACAAUUGGCAACAAUGGAACAGGACGCUACAGUGCAAUAGUGUAUCACUGUUAAAAUUCCUGAAUGUGAUCACUGUGCUGUGGGCUAUCUCUGAGAAUGUCCUUGUCCUUGGAAAUUACCCACUGAAGUGUGAAGAAGAAGAGUGGAAUGAUAUAUGCAAUAGUUCUGCAAGUGGUUCCGAAAAAAAGAACAUUAGUGUGUAAGUAGUGAGAGAGCCCCAAAAUAUUCAAAACUGGUGGAAUCUGGAUAGACGGCGUGGGAGGAUUCUACGUAGUAGUCUGGCAACUAUUCCGUAAUGCUGAAAUUAUUUCAAAACAAAAAGUUAAUUAAAACAAUCUUCCCUCUUCCAUAGGAGAGCUCUUGAAAGGCUUUGAGAACAAUGAUCACAUUUAUCUGAUGCUACUUUUCUCUUUCACUCACUUGUUCGUUCGUUCUCUCGUUCGUUCAUUCAUUCAUCCUUCGACAAAGAUCGAUUAAGCAUCUGCUUUGGGCCAGGCCGAGAGCGGGGCACUGUGGAUACAGCAGAGGAGAUAGUCCCUUCCACCGGCUCUCAUGGAACUUGGGGGCACUUGGGGGAGACCAGGGGUAAUCAGCAAGAAGUUCUAUUCUUUCUGCCUGGGAUAGAAUUGUAAAGGAAGAAUAGAGGUGGUACUAGGAGGAGCCCACAAGCAGGUUCUGAGCCUAGCCAGUGGCCCCAGCAUCUAAGGUCAUAGGGAUGCAGAGGGCAGUAAGCCAGAGAGAUUAGCACUCCUUUAUGAAAAAUCUGUUGGCCGAGGGGAAGGAUUUGUGAGCCCAGGUGAACAGCCUCGGACAAGCAUUUGACAAGUUGUUCCAUCUGUUCCCUUAAAUGUCACAGCGCGUUGAAAAGAGAUUACCUGGAUUUGAAUGACAGCUGCUGUGUCCCAGUGAUGUAACUAUGAAAGAACUGGGAUAGCCUCGGUCCCUUGGUGCAGGUUGGAACCGGUCAAUGGUAGGCGUCUUUAGCCCGCCCAUCACAAAGCUGGGGACUGUCCCAGGUCCCAGAGCCCCAGCGGCACCCCUGCCUCUGCUCUCGCCCCCAUCGAUCCCAGGACCUUUGCCACACACACAGUUGAGCUUGGGUUUGGGUUGUGCCUAGAAGAGUCCUGAGAACAGAGACCCCAACAGGAACCAAGGCAGUUUCUGUAAUAGGAUGUGCCUUAUAGCUUAGAUAGCUAGGCUUUGGAGUUAGAUGGACCUGUUUUCAAAACGUGACCUCACCUAAGCUGUGUUACCUUAGGCUCCUUUCUUAACCUCUCUGAGUGCCCGUCUCUAUUAAACGUAGCGGCCCACGGGCUAGGGUGGAAGAUUAAGGGAGUGUGUAAAGAGGAUGCGAAGCCCUUGACCCGAUGCCUGGGACUUUGGAACGGUCAAUAAAUAUUUAUUCCCCUCCACCUCUUUUGGGCGGAGGAGGCAGAACCAGUCUGAGCAAGACUCACACGCCUUGAGGUUUUAAACAGGAGGUUUUAAAAUGCAACUUUGGUCUUUUCAUGGAGCGACAACGCAUGGAAAACAGAACAAAAACAGGCAUGCAACAGAGACUCAGACUUUACAAGGAUCACUGCCCUUAACCUUCACAGUAACAUCGGAGCCGGAUGCAAUGAUACACUCUGUUUACAGGUGUGGAAACUGAGGCACAGGAGGAUUAAGAAACUGAGAACUCAGUGACAGACGCCCAAAUGGAAGCUAAUUGGUCCGGCGGAGCCUGAGGGGCACCACAGAAGCCCUCUGCAGGCCUCUUUUCAUUCAAAACUGCUCUCUUUCCCCAGGGGUAACCACCACCCUGACUUUUCUGGGCCGCGGAGACCGGAAGGCGGCAUCCGCAGCUGGCAAGGCCCGAGGGUCCGCAGCCCACCGAGCCGAGCACAGGCCAUCAAAGCCGAAUCCGAACUUGAAUUCUGUGCGGCUGAUUGCAGAGCUGGUCUCGGAUCGGCGACCCCCCCCCCACCCGCCCCGGUGGACAGAGAUCGGCUGUUAGCCUGGAGACGAGCUUUCUCGCGGAGGCCACCGGUUGCAGAAGCUGGAAGUGAAAUAAAGGCGCGCGCGCGCCCGUUCCUGCGCUCCUCCCCUACUGAGAUAGGAGAGUCCCCCAGCACGCCUGCACAUUAGGCUAACCCACAAAGCCUGAGCGUCUUGUUCCAUUCGGACACCCCGACCGUCAUCAGUCAUGGCUAGCAUCAUUGCGCGCAUGGGUAAUAGCCGGCGGCAGAACGCACCCUUGCCGCCGUGGGCCCAUUCUAUGCUGAGGUCCCUGGGGAGAAGCCUCGGCCCUUUAAUGGCCAGCGUGGCAGAGAGAAAUAUGAAGUUGUUCUCGGGGAGGGUGGUGCCAGCCCAGGGGGAAGAAACCUUUGAAAACUGGCUCAUCCAAGUCAAUGGGGCCCUGCCGGAUUGGAAUAUGUCUGAGGAGGAGAAGCUCAAGCGCUUGCUGAAAACGCUUCGAGGCCCCGCCAGGGAGGUCAUGCUUUUGCUGCAGGCAGCCAACCCCAAUCUAAGUGUGGCCGAUUUCUUGCGUGCCAUGAAAUUGGUGUUUGGAGAAUCGGAAAGCAGUGUGUCGGCUCACGGUAAAUUUUUUAACACCCUGCAGGCGCAAGGGGAGAAAGCCUCCCUUUAUGUGAUCCGUUUAGAGGUGCAGCUCCAGAAUGCUAUUCAGGCGGGGAUCAUAGCUCAGAAAGAUGCAAACCAGACCCGCCUGCACCAGCUCCUUUUAGGGGCCGAGCUGAACGGGGACCUGCGCUUUAGGCUGAAGCAUCUUCUCAGGAUGUAUGCAAAUGAGCAGGAGCGCCUCCCCAGUUUCCUCGAGUUGAUCAAGAUGGUCAGGGAGGAAGAGGAUUGGGAUGACACUUUCCUUAAACAGAAACGGCCCAAAAGAUCCGAGUCACUGGUGGAGAGGGCCACCAGCCUGAUGGCAUUUCAGGGCUCCCCGCAGAUAGUGGUCGGCAGUCCCGACUGCAACGUGAUAGAGAUAGAUGAUGCCCUCGAUGACUCAGAUGAGGAUGUGAUCCUGGUGGAGUCUCAGGACCCUCCACUGUCAUUCACGGCUUCUCCGCUCCCCAGACGCAGGGCCAGACCUCGGGACCAAGUGCUAGUCAUCGAUUCCCCUAGCAGUUCCCGGGCUCAGUCUCCUUCCACCAGCGGGGGUUCUGGGCAUAAGAAUGAUGGUUCUAGGCACCUGCGUAGAACCCGGAAGCGAAAACACACAAUCCGCUGCUCCUACUGCGGCGAGGAGGGCCACUCAAAGGAAACCUGUGACAAUGACAGCAGCCGGGCCCAGGUGUUUGAGAAUCUGAUCAUCACCCUGCAGGAGCUGACCCAUACAGAGGAGGAGGGACCCAGAGAGGCCCCUGGCCAACAAGAUGACCCUUCUGAGCUGCAGUGAGCUGGUGUCCCCUAGCCUUAAAUGAACCCUAACCCAUAUUCUGAGUCCAGCAAUGGGACAACUGGGGAGGGGCGCUUCUAAUUGCAUGAAUCCACAAAGCAGCUUUCCUUUGGGAGUGGAGUAGAGAGGGUCUUGAAUACCAGCACAGUGGAGGGAGACAGCCUGACCUCUGUCCUUGCUUCCCCAGCCCCCCUGCCUAAGGGCCUGUUUUCUUUGUGCGCUCAUUUCCUCGCUGGCUCUGUUCUCUUUGUGAAAGUGGCAUCAUUCAUUGUUAAAUCUUCAAACAAAGAAAAGUACAAGAAAGUAAAGUACAAGUUACCCCCAGCUCUCCACCCCGAUCUAACCGUCGUCAUCCCUUUGAUGGACGUCCUUCUAGAUACUUCCCUAUACCUGUGUACCCAGAUAGAUGUAUGUAUAGAUAAAAAUGAUCACAUAGAAGUGCUGUUCUAUAGUCUGUAUUUUUUCACCAAAUGAUAUAUGUCGUGGGCUUCUUUCUAUGUCAAUAAAUAUUUAUCAGCAUCGAU